AUGGAUUCUGAAAACGCCAAGGAACCUCUGAGUGGCUUGCAAUCCCAGGAAAAACCCCAGAAGGAUACGAUACCCUCGGAGCAUUCUGCUCCCAGGAGUCCUGAGCACUCAGCAAAUGAAGCACCCUCGGCGCCGCCACCUACACGCUCACUGCAGUCCACACAGCCUGGGCAGCCAGACCCCAGUAAGCGCACCACACCCUCAAAGACGUCCGCGACACCCUCAAAGACAGCCGCGACACCCUCAAAGACGGCCGCGACACCCUCAAAGACGGCCGCGACACCCUCAAAGACGGCCGCGACGCCCACUGAACACCAAGGGCCCGCUGAACACCAAGGGCCCGCUGAACACCAAGGGCCCACUGAACACCAAAUGCAUUUGAGCAAAUCAGAGACGGAAGCCAUCCAAAAGCGUGCCGCGGGCCGAGCCCGAGUCCCGCCCCAGUUCAGGGACAGCUUCAAGCGUUUUUUCUUCUCACCCACGGGAGCGUCGAAGGUCGUGAGGCUGGGUCUUCUCAUAGGAGCAUUAACUUGUUUCAUCGUCUCCGAAGCCCAUGAGUCAUACAUAGCAAUAACACUUGCGGAAGCCUUCAUUGUUCUUUUUUUUAUUGUAACAUACAUGCUAACCCUUCACCGCUUGAUGACUUAUUUACAUUGGCCUUUACUUGAUCUUAUCAACAGUUUCAUUACAGCUGUGUUCCUUUUAGUAGUUGCUAUCAUGACAAUGCAGGAAAAGGACAGAAGACAUUUAUUCUAUGUUGGAGGGACCCUGUGUCUCACGGCGGCAAUCCUGUGUCUCGUCGAUGCAACUCUGGUCACCAAGACGAUGAGGAAUAACAUGAAAAGAGCCCUGGGAAUGGAAAAGGAACCCGAUUACUCCCUCGCCUCGGCGGAACCCCCGAAACCCGCCCAGUAA